GGGUCCCCGGUCAUCCUCCCUUGUGCUGUUCUUCCUGGAUGGAACAAGAAAAUAAACAGAGUGUGUGUGAAGCCCAGGACUCAGCAGACAAAGGGAUGGGCUCUGAAUUUGAGAACUCUGAAGACAGGGAACGGGACCCAGAAGAAAGAGGAAUGGGCUCUAAUCCACAGGACGCAGACAAGAGAGAAGGCCCCCCAGAGCAGGAGCUGGGCUCCAACCCACACGAUGAAGCUCUGGGAAGGGACCCAGAGGAGAGGGAACUGGUGUCUGACAUCUGCCCAGAGGGGCUGCUGAGUGAGGAAGAAGGGGCUGCUGUCCGCGAAGAAGAUUACCAAUCUGGUGUAGCUGAGAUGGCGAUGUUCUCGGGACUGUCAGAGUCCGACAGCAUUUCCCGGAGCCCCCGGGAAGAGGAGGAGGAGGAGAGCGCUGGGGAGAACCGGCUCGACGAAGAGGAGCAGCCGCCUCCUCCUAUGCUUCCCUGGAGGCGACACCUCUCCCUCGGGAGUCGGCACCGGAGCGACAAGCCUGCCCACCGCCGCUUCCGCCGGCUCCAUCACCCCAUGGCCAUGGACCUCGGGGAGCUCAACAGCCUGAUGGCCAGCAUCAUGGACGCGCCCACCAUCUGCCCCGACUGCGGGGAGAGCUUCAGCCCGGGCGCCGCCUUUCUGCAGCACCAACGCAUCCACCGCCUGGCGGAGGCCGCGGCGGCCGCCAGCCUAGAACCCUUCGGCUUCGCGGGCGAGUGCGGCGCGGUGGUGGGGAUGGUGGACGUGGGCGUGGGCGUGGCGGGGGGCUUCGGGGCGGGGCCCUCGCUGGCCCGGCCCGCGCGCGAGAAGCCCUUCCGCUGCGGGGAGUGCGGCAAGGGCUUCAGCCGCAACACCUACCUGCGGCCGCCAGCGGCGCGGGGGGCGGCGCUGCGGCCCUUCGCCUGCGGCGAGUGCGGCAAGGGCUUCGUGCGCCGCUCGCACCUGGCCAACCACCAGCGCAUCCACACGGGUGAGAAGCCGCACGGCUGCGGCGAGUGCGGCAAGCGCUUCAGCUGGCGCUCGGACCUGGUGAAGCACCAGCGCGUGCACACGGGCGAGAAGCCCUACAUGUGCUCCGAGUGCGGCGAGACCUUUAGCGUCAGCUCGCACCUCUUCACGCACAAGCGCACACACUCGGGCGAGCGGCCCUACGUGUGCCGCGAGUGCGGCAAGGGCUUUGGGCGCAACUCGCACCUGGUGAACCACUUGCGCGUGCACACGGGCGAGAAGCCCUUCCGCUGCGGCCAGUGUGAGAAGCGCUUCAGCGACUUCUCGACGCUCACGCAGCACCAGCGCACGCACACGGGCGAGAAGCCCUACACGUGCAUCGAGUGCGGCAAGAGCUUCAUCCAGAGCUCGCACCUGAUCCGCCACCGCCGCAUCCACACCGGCAACAAGCCGCACAAGUGCUCGGGCUGUGGCAAGGGCUUCCGCUACAAAACGCACCUCGCACAGCACCAGAAGCUGCACCUGUGCUAGGGCUGGGCCACGGGGAGGCUGCCCUUGGGGAGCAUGUGAGGAGUAGACGAUCUGGGACUAGACCGUGUAGAAAGAAAUGGGAAGGGGUAGGAGGGCCAUCUGAGAGUGACCGGGAAGUCUUUUGGUGUUAGGGGGUCUUGAAGGGGAGGGUUGAGUCGGCGUUCUUUUGGGGUGUUGUAUUUUGCCUGCCUCCUCUCCAAAGAGGACAUGUUUGGGAGAUGUGCUUGAGCGAUGACUUCUUCAGAUGCACACAGUAGGGGGUGAAGAGCAUGGAGGAGCAGGCACUUUGAGGACCUUGAAGAAGGGGAGUUAGGUGGGUAGGGGAGUGAACAGGAUGGCAGGCAAUAGAGUAGGUGGGGCUGUGAGGGCCUGUGGGAAUCAGGAGAGGGUGUGGUUAGAGAAGGUUAUGGGGUAAAAUAAAAGGCCGGGUAUGAAUAAUUCUAUCCUGGUCUCACCAGGUGGUAAGCCACUGUUUGCCCUGUCCCCCCACAUCAGCUGUAGUCUCAUGAAUAGUAGAGGAGCCUUGUCGAUCCUAUAGGAGAGGAUAUUUUGUAUAUUCUUCCCUUCCUUUCUCUGAGCCACAGUUAGCUGCUAUUUUGAGGCAUCCAGGGGAAACUGGGCAGGAAAGUUUACACACACUGAUUUCAAGGGCAAAAUUGAGGUUGGAAAUUCGUUCAUAACUGGCUUUAAGAUCACCUGGGAAAUCUUGGUCCUGCCCCUGGUUCUUUGCUACUUCCUUUAAAGUAGUCUAGCUUCAUGCUGGGUCAAGGUGGUCCCUGUGGAUGUCAGGUGUUGUUAGGUGUGUGCCAAGCCCAGUAUUUCAGGUUUCACUUGUGAUCUUCUAAGUGCAGGGAAAUGAAACAAUUCCAGUUAUGUGUGACUUUCCCUUUCCCAGGUCAUCAUGAUGCUUGUUUGAAGUGACUCUCAGAUCAGCAACAGUUGCGCCAGUGACCUACUACAAAAGUCAUCUAGCUCGGAGUUUUGCUAGUCUUAUGUGAGAAAUCCAGGAGAGCAAAUGUUCACACCUUGGGGUACAAGGCUUCUUUGUCUAAUUUGUCUUCACUCUGUAUCCAGUGCCCCCCUCCCCCUUGGUAGUAAUGGGGAGAAUUGAACAGCCACCUCCAUCCAUAUUGAUAUGGGCUUUUGGUCUGAAUAGAAAUACCUUAUCUACACAGGGAGGCACAGUAGAAGGCUCAAGGCUUUACACAAGGAAGGCACAAGCAGGGAGAGGUGUAAGUGCAAAAUUGCCAAAUAGCACAAGCAAUGAAUGUUUUCUGGUUAUAUAAAUGCCAAAAUAGCACUUUCAUAUUUGUAAAGUGCUUUAUGCUUUUUAAUGAUUGUUAGUUGUUUCUCACAUCUUUGUGAGGUAGAUCAGUAUUAUGUCCCCUGUUGUAGGGAAGACCUGGGGACGGGAGUACAGCAGGCUGUUCGGAAGAGAGGCUGAUGACCUCGUGGAUAGGUACGGUCUGACCUUCUGUGUUCUCCAGCUUAGCUGCUAGAAAGCUUUACCUGUCAUGAUUUAUAUAAUAAAAUAAAGACACUGAAAAUUCUUAUGCUUCGUGGAAAACUUAAGGCUAGUCGAAAAGGGCCAAAGAUGUCCUUGUUGACAAAGCUGGUCUUUGUCACGUAAUUGGGGUGUUUUAGGUUUGCUCUGUUUCUAGUAGGGGGCUGUAGUUAGAGGAUUCUUGUACAGACUUUGGUUACCUAUGCUGAAAAUCCCUCCCCUAGGUUAGCCUUUAGAAGUUAGAAUUGUGGAAAGCAGUCCUGUUUUCUUCACCAGUGGUUGUUAGUUGCUCUCUGCUUUUCAUGGAAGCAUUUUCACAAACUGUUGAACACACUUGAAGAAAAACUGCAAGAUUGUUUUGACAGUUUUAGCAAACUUUCUGUGGAUGCUGGUAAUUUAUACUUGAUUAGUUGUGUUUUAGCAAAGAACCUCUUUGGGGACUGUAGGGAAGCAUGUUUUUGUCCUUAUAAAAACACCUUCUAAAAAAAAAAAUCCUGAGAAUUCUGGGCUUGUAUAAUGCCUGUUGAUCUUGCCCUCUUAAUCAGUUUAUUGUUCUUUACAAAUGCAAAUAGAUUUUCAAAAGAUAGAUAAUUUUGCAAGACACUAAUUAUUUUCUUUUAGUUGAGUAAUAUGAGCAAAGUAAAUGUCCAUUAUUUAUUCUGACUCUUUACUCUGAAUACUAAGUGUAUAGGACUCCUUUGAAAAUCAUAUAGCCAGUUUGUAGGUAAUCUUAUUCCUUCAUGUGUUUUUUUAUGCACAUCUACCUCUCCCAACCGUUUUAAGUUUUCUCAAGUCUGUGCCUAUGAAAUCUCAUGCAACUUUUGAUUAUUCAUGGAUUGAUUAUCCACUUUAUGGGUUAUUUGGCCUUUUGCUGCCAUUGUACUCUUGUACAGUCUCGUCUGCAUCAGCUAUGUUACGUAUGGACAGCUUUCAAGAAAGAGUUCAACAGGGAAAAGAGAUUGAAGUUAGGAUAAAAUAAUUUGGUGGCAGUGGAAAUCUUUGGAUUUCACUGACCUCUCUUGUUUGAAGUACCAUGGAUAAGAGAGUCAGCUAGCACUUCAGUAUCCCUUUGAUGAGCAAAUCCCUCAGCAGAAAACAGCCCAGCCACCAACACCCCCACUCUCAUGGUGCAUUUAAAAUGUGAUUCCAUUUUUCUUACAAUUCUUCAGGGAACAUAGCUGCAUUAAGUGAAUUUAGAUGCAGUCAGGAGGUUGUUUCUUGUAUCUAGUUCAUGAACAAUAGUUUUUCUUCAGCAAACCCUGUUAACUGUGGUUGACCCUUAAAAAUGUUAAUUUGAAGAUUCCUUCCAUCAACUCGUUCAUGGUGGUGGAGGCAAGUGUAUCAUUUGUUUCCUGGGGAGUUUGGUCAAGUGCGGGCUGCUCUUUCCUCAGCAAAAGCUGGAGCAGUUUCGGUAGGUUAAAUGGCUUGAUUCAGUCUUGAGCUCUGAGUUGGAAAGAGAAGAUGAGAAGUUAACCCCUUGAGCCAUGUGGUUUCUUCAGGAUCAAGAGGCUGUACAUAUGUGAAAACGUACAGAUGAAGAACCUGUGUUCAUAGACAAUCUGAACUGUUUCCGAAGUGUGUGCACAUUUUCCUUCACUGUAAUGUUAUUUUACCGCUGUUUGUUAAAAUAGUGAAUAAUUUAAUGAUCCUGAAAGUAACAGGAUUUGUGUGUGUGCUUGUAUAUGUGAGAAUUGCCUUAUUUUCAGGUGGUUUUAUUUAAUGAUGGUUCCUUGGACAGCAUUCUGGUGUUCAGCAACCAAUAUGGAAUAUUUGUCAUUAAACCCAUAUCAGUCUUUUUCCAUGUCAUCCUUUCUUCUUUGUCAUCCAUUAAAUAUCACUGAAAUCAGUAUAUGGAAGCUGUUGUCUGGUAGAACAGGGGUCAGCAAACUACGGAAUCUAGCCUGCCUGUCUUUGCAAGUAAAAUGUUUUGGAUUACCGUCCUCUCCGUACCACCUUGCUUACGUAUUGUCUGUGGUUGGUUUUGCUCUACCACAGCAAGGCUGAGUCUUUGUGACAGGCUACAUAGCCCACCAUCCUAAAAUGUUACCUCUCUGGAUCUUUACAAGCAAAGGUUGCUGACUCCUGUGUUCGAGUGUUCAGGUGGAUCCUAGAGCAUCCUGGAACUGGCCC